UCACAGAAUCCAUAUUGCAAGGGUUUACUUGCAGCUGUGAAUUAGUAUAAAAUAACUUUGGAGGAUUACAGAUGAUCAGUAGUAAAAUAGGGUUUCUAACCUAAUAUUGUCAUUUCCUUUUCUUGAAGACGACAUUUAGAAUUAUGAUAAAUAUAGUGCUCCUCGGUUUGGUGGGGGUAACAGGACUACCUGCAGUACUAGCAGCUGCGCCAUAUAUGAUUGAGGAUCAGCUGACAAGCAAUCAGCCGACCAGUGAACAGCUAAUGAUGGAGGACAUGGAUUCACACCUGCUCAUGCUAUCUGGACAAGUGUACACUGAACCCCCAUGCAAUGGUCAAGAGAUCAUCAGCUGUGAACUGGCACAGGUCAACUGGGAGUUGAUUGAGAACAAUUCUAACAUUGUUUUACCAAAUGGAAACCAACUUAAUUUCACUUACUUGGAGGAGUCUAGAAAACUAGACAUGAGUAAUGGAAACCCUGUAACCUUGGUGUACAAGGGAGAAUUUGGAAAUGAGGCAGUGCUUACUUACAAGAAGCAUAGUUUGUAUGGAAGAGUUAUUCUCAAUGAUGAUCGGACCUUCAUCAUAGAGACAGUAGCUGAAGGGGUUGUGUGGGCUGAAAUAGAUCAGUCGGUCUGGACAUCAGAACACCAUCCAAUGGAAGCAAAUCUGACUUAUGAUGCAAUCUCUUUGGACCGCAUGGAGAUUUUACAGGCUCAGGGCCGUGCUGACACCACAACUGUUGUAGAGUUUACUGUUACAGUAUAUUAUACACAAAUAUUUAAGCAAUCAACAGCAGAUCCAGCUACAUUUAUUGACCAGGUGAUUGCAGAGACCAACGAGGGAUACAAAAACAGUCUUGUUCCUAUCCGAGUCAGAUUACUUUGCAUUCAAGAAUCCUCUAUACCUGAUGGGCAGGACAGUACCAAUACCCUUAACCAGUUCACUCGAUCUCAGAACACUUUGAAUGAUGUGAGACAAUCUGCAGAUGCUACAAUACUGCUUGUCAAUGCAUUCAACAAUGCUGGUUCCUGUGGAGUUAAUUGGUUCAACACAAUAUCAUCUGGACAAACUAUUGGAACGGUUGCUAAAGGAUGUGCUCUUGGACAUUUCAGUUUUGGGCAUGAGAUUGGUCAUGGAUUUGGGCUGGCUCAUGACAGAAGGGUUGCAGCUACCAGCAGUAACAAUUAUGCAUAUGGAUACGUUAUAGCUGUAAGUAUAACUGCAAUACAACCUUUUUAA